UCAGAACAACAACAUGCUUCUGAGAAACUAAAACAUGCUACGGUUAAUUCCCCUGUUCUGACCCUGCCUGAUUUCCCUAGGCCAUGGACUCGAGUAGCCUAGCGCGAAAGCUGAGGUCGCUGUGCAUCGCGGGGGAGCUCUCUCGUGCCGUGAGCCUCCUCCACCGGAGCGCCGUGUUCGCCGUCUCGAGCGCCUACGCUCUUCUGCUGCAAGAGUGCGUGAACCGGAGGGACGCGAGGCUCGGCAAGAGGAUCCACGCGCGCAUGGUCUCCACCGGCUUCAGAUGCAGCGACUACAUGGCCACCAAGCUGCUGAUAUUUUAUUCCAAGAUCGGGGAGCUCGGCGUCGCCCGGAACCUGUUCGACGGAAUGCCGCGCAGGGACGUCGUGGCGUGGAACGCGAUGAUAUCCGGGUGCACGCGCGGGCGGGAGGAGGCGCAGGCGGUGGACAUGUUCGGCCUGGUGCGGGCUGAGGGGCUGAGGCCGGACCAGUUCACGUUCGCGUCGGUGCUCUGCGCGUGCGCCAGGAUGGCCGCGCUGGACCACGGCCGGCGCGUGCACGGCGUCAUGGUCAAGUCCGCCGUCGCCGCCGUCAACGUGUUCGCCAACAGCGCGCUCGUCGACAUGUACCUCAAGUGCAGCAGCGCCGAGGACGCGCGCCGGGCGUUCGCGGCCGCGCCGGAGCGGAACGUCACCAUGUGGACCGCGCUCAUCUCCGGGCACGGCCAGCACGGCCACGUGCGCGAGGCGCUGGCGCUCUUCGGCGAGAUGACGCGCGACGGGUUCCGGCCGAACGACGUGACGUUCCUCGCUGUGCUCUCGGCCUGCGCGCACGGCGGGCUCGUCGAUGAGGGUCUGAUGCACUUCUCGUCCAUGCCGUCGGACUACGGGCUCACCCCGAAGGGCGCGCACUACGCGGCGGUGGUCGACAUGCUCGCCAGGGUCGGCAGGCUCCGCGAAGCCUACGAGCUUGUCAAGAACCUGCCGGACUGCCAGGAGCACUCGGUGGUCUGGGGCGCGCUGCUGGGCGCCUGCAGGAAGCACGGCGACGUGGGGCUGGUCGAGCUUGCCGCGCAGCGCUUCUUUCGGCUGCAGCCGGGGAAUGCCGGCAAGUACGUCGUCCUCGCGAACACGUACGCUGCCUGCGACAUGUGGGACAGCGUGGCCGGUAUGCACGAGUCCAUGAAGUCGCUGGGCAUUCGGAAGGACCCUGCUUGGAGCGCCGUCGAAGUCCAGGGGAAGAAGCACGUCUUCCUCGCCAGAGACACAUACCACGACGAGAGUUGGGAGAUAUAUGAAGCCUGCAAUGCCUUGGCCCGCUCGAUCAACGAGCACUCCUUGCGAGUGUGAGCUAUGGUGGAAAGGAUCGGCAAUCGCUGCUGGUCGGAGAUGUUCAUAAAUCCUUGCGAUUUGUUGAGUGACGAUGCUGGCCUUGUCGUUUGUUGCAAUUCAGCUGUAUCCAUGGACUGACAGGCAGUACCGGCAGUACCAUCUGAAGGGGAUGUUUCUGAAUGAUACAGCACAGUCGGUCGUUCGGAAAGAGAUAGAACAGCUGGUUUCUCUGGAAGCAACAAACUCAGAUUUGCAGGCCCGCACGACCAUCUAUGUUGCUGGUACCGAAAUGCCUUGAACGUACUUGGGAGCUCACUUUUAACCUGAAACAACAUUUACAAGUUUGGCACAUGGUUCAUACAAGGAGUGCAAAGUGAUGCAGUGGUUUUCUUGCAUGAAACUGAUAGGUUACUGGUGCAUAUUUACCCUGAGAUCACCAAGGCACACAAACUUCCAUCCCUUGAGGCUUGCUCGGACAGCCAGGUCCAUGUCUUCGACCGUGGUUCGGUCCUUCCAGCCACCUGCCUCAUUCAGAGCAGAUAUGCGCCACACACCAGCGGUUCCUGUUAAACAAGUAUUUUGCAUGUUAAGAAGACGGAUCAGGUGAUGCAAAGUGUGACUGCUGGCUGCUGCUAAAAUCCAUGUUCAAGAAAAAGAGACAGAAGCUUAUAAUUGGUCAAAAGGAAACACAGAGGCCUCACAAAUGUAAAUGGUGACAUUCAUAUAUUGCGAGAUCAAAAGUUUAUUACCAUUGAAGCCAAAGAAGGCAUAAGCUGAGGAACCCACUUCUUGCUCCACCUUGAAGUGAUAGUCCAAGGACAUCUCCUGCAUCCUUGUCAUCAAGCACUCAUUUGCAUUCACUGCUUACUCACACAGAAUCAGCAGCAGCAAGAGAAAUGUCAGCACCAUGCAGUACAGAAUUUCGGCCAAAACAAGAAGGGAUGCCCGAGAUGAUGUACCGAAUACCCAGCGGGCCUGGA